AUGACGAUCCUUCGUGCGGCUUACAUCGCGAUCAAAGGCCUUACUCUUGAUGGCUGCCUCAGGGCUGCCUGCGAUACGUUGAGCAAGCAAUGGUCUCAGCUCCUCUACAAUGAACGGGUUAACGGUGAAGUCCGCCUUCAGCUGUACAAGGGCCAAGCCCACGUUCUUGGCCGCAGGUCCCCGGAGAAGUUGUACUCCGAGGAGGAUGCCUCUAUGGACUCCCUCACUACUUUUGAUCUCGCUGAUGGGACCGGCUUCAUUGCGAUCGAGUCCAUCCGCCUUAAGAAGUAUGGCCAACAGCUGGCGGAAGCUGGUUACAAGUUUUGA